GCCAAUCGAGAAAGGAAAAAAAGGUAAAAUGGUAUUUACUGUUAUCAACGUGUAUUUUCACAUGAUCAUAUUUGUGACUUACAGCUACUAUUGCUAUUGACAGAAAUUAUUAGAGUCGCGAUGCUCGUCCAGCUACAUUCAUGACAUGAUGAGCCAGCUCACUAAAAACAAUGCAGUUGAGAUGCUUGCAGAGAUAGAUGUAAUUGGGUUCGGAUUCUUGAUGCUUGUUUUGGAUUGGGCUAUGAAGCAGGCCAUCAUAGUUCAUCUGGCUGAAUUGUACGAUGUUGAGACAAGAGCCUUGAUAGUCGACGUUGGCAACAUCCGCCUUAAUGCCGAGGUAAUCGGGCGGGUUUUCGGCAUUUCGUCUCGUGGCGAUCCAUUCCCAUCCUUGGACGUCGAAAAUCCGGCUCACGUGGCUAUCAAAAAGAGGUUCCAUAGAUGGACAACAACUGAACUCCAGAAUUUGAUAUACAGCUGUCCUAUAGCAACGAAAUCAGACAGGAUGGAGUUUAGGAGAUAUUUUAUACUAGUGGUGCUAAAAAAGUUCAUGUGCCCUACAACAUAGUAGGUUAUUUCGCCAUGGCACAUUUACCCCAUCUUGUAUGUUUCUGAUCCCAAAAGAUUCAAUUAGCCGUUGCAAACUCUAAAAUGGUUGGACACAGCAGUCGAGAAGUAUAAGCUCAAAGGGAACAAAACGUGCAAGGGCUACAUGUUCGUCAUGCUGGUAAGAUGCAUUCAAUGACUAUUAGUAAAAUGAGCAUGUCAUUUAUGUUGUAGAGCAUAACUUGUCCUCUUUUUCUGUCUAGAUACUGUAUUUUUAGCGGUUGAAAUACGGUCAGCUUCAUAACUGUCAUGAGCCGGAGCCAUGGCUCGCUGUGUGGACCGCAAAAGAUCUAGAAAACAAGGCGAAAUAUAUCAUUUCCGAAGUACUCAUUAUAUUUGAUGUCUCUAUAUGUUCAAGUAUGAAAAUCUCCGCCGUCCACUAUAAAUGAUUCUCA